GCAGCAGCAGCAGCAGCACACUGACUCCCUCACUCAGCUAGCCGGCCAGCUAGCUAGCUGCACCCUGCACCCUUUGGUCUACACGAAACUAACUACACUUUCACCAGAUAUCCACCAUGGAUUUAAAUAAUAUUGUUUCACAACUUGAGAAUACCAACGAGGAGGAAACCGAGAAGCUUCUGCUGCAGUACAAUCGAGAGAACAGUCACACCUUCAGUUUUGACCAAACGGAAGAGAGCCUGCGGAUUAAGCUGUGCCAGGGCGUGUUGUCAGUUCUGGGCAGGCAGGUGCAGCCCAGCUGUCAGAAGACAUGUCUGGAGACACUCCGCAUCCUGUCCAGAGACAAGCGUGUCCUCGGCCCUGUAGCCACCAGGGAGGGCAUGUUGAUCCUGGGAGGACUGGCCAGGCUGAAUCCUGGAGAAGAAGGAGAUGAGAACCAGAAAAAUGGUCUGGAAGACACCCAGUCAGAGGAGGAGGAGAGGGUGGUGGUGGAGGCCUUGAAGUGCCUAUGCAAUGUGGUUUAUAACAGUCCUGCGGCUCAGCAGGUCUGUGUAGACGUGCAGCUUGCUCAUGGCCUGUGUGCCAUUCUGCACACGGCCCGCACAUGGCACCAUGAGGUGGGUCUCUUCACGCUGCGCCUGGUCUUCCUGCUGUCUGCACUGAGACCAGAUGUGCGAGGGGUUUUUCGGAGAGAAUUGCAUGCUGUAAGACUACUGACGGAGGUCCUGGAGUUUACCCUAGAUGUGAGCUGGGUUGGUCCCUAUGAAGCUGCCCCUCCAGAUCCACAGGCCCUGCCUAUGCCUGCAGAAAACAAUGAGAGAACAAUGGAGGCACUCAAAGCCUUGUUCAACCUCACACUGUCUGACACUGGUGGUGAGGAGGAUGACCACCAGUUCCGAAUCAUCGCUGCCAUCCUGCGUCAUCUGCUGAUGCUGAAGACUGAGACUGAGGAUAAAACAGAGGAAGCUCACAGUCAUGCCAUCAACCUGCUGAACAACCUGCCUGUGUCCUGCCUGGACGUGUUAAUCGACGUGCCUGUCCAGGGGGGCCUAGAGAUGUACAGUGGGAAAAACUUGGAUGCAAUCCAGAUGUUGAUAGACUUCAUGGCGAAAAGGAUGGACAAGCAGGGCUCCAACUACAAAGAGGGUUUGACUCCGGUGCUCAGCCUGCUGACUGAAGGAUCCAGACAUCACAGGGAGAUCCGCAGGUUCAUCAAAGCUCAGGUACUUCCCCCGCUGAAAGACGUAAAGAUCAGGCCAGAGAUCGGCACCACCACCAGGAACAAGCUGGUGCGCCUUAUGACACAUGUGGACAUGGGGGUGAAGCAGACGGCUGCAGAGUUUCUCUUUGUCCUCUGCAAAGAAAGCGUAGACAACCUGUUGAAGUACACAGGAUAUGGAAACGCAGCGGGACUCCUGGUGGCUCGAGGACUCCUUGCAGGAGGGAGAGGAGAGACUCAGUACUCGGAUGAUGAAGACUCAGACACAGAGGAGUACAAAUCUGCUAAACCCUUCAUCAACCCCAUCACCGGUCAUGUGGAGGAGCCCAUGCCGAACCCCAUCGAAGAGAUGACGGAGGAGCAGAAGGAGUACGAAGCCCAGAAACUAGUCAAUAUGUUUGACAAGUUGUCAAGGCAGAAUGUGAUCCGGCCGAUGGGGGUCAUGCCUGACGGGACGUUAGCACCACUUGAAGAAACUCUCUGCGACCCCCCCGAUGACUCAGGAUCGGACUCUGACUAGGCACGCCACUUUCAGGCCCCAUGUUCAGGCCCUCAACACAUCCCAGAGCUGUGUCCCAUGUCAGUGUCAGGAGGGUUCUCAGAAAUCCAAACAAAUGCUGAAAUGUAGGAUCUGCUUUUUUAACUUGGAUGACCAGAAAGUCACCCUAAUUUGACAGAUUUGUGAAUUAACAUUAGGACGUUUAAGUGUAUCAAAUGUUUCAGAAUGGCAGAUAGUGAAUCAGGUUAACGAUAAAUGUGUUUAAGCGAUGUAAUUUAUGUUGGGCAACAUGGUGUAUUUAAUAUUAAAAUGUGACAGUGAUCCGGUCCUGAACUGGGACACAGCUCACCAUGUCCCCGGAAACAGUGGAGGCCCUGUGGCAGCACUGAGACCUCCUCCAGAGAGGAAGUGGACUUGAUGUGCAUCAGAGACUUUGCAGUGGCAUCAAAAUGCAAAGGAGAUCACCAUGGUUACUGUUGCACCUUCCUCAUUUAUUGUAGCACUCCUUAAGUUUAAAAAAAUAAAUAGAGGUAAUAAUAUAAUUCUUUGCUGGAUCGUGUGUAGGUCACUGAAAGCACGUUGUCAUAGUUGAAGUGUCACUGGGUCUGAAUAAUCAUUCCUUCACAUGGGCUUUUGUUUUUUAACAUUUCUCUUCUUUCUGCUACAUGAUGAUUUAGUUAUCUGUUUCUAGAUGACUCAAGCGCACAUAAUAGAAACUACUUUAAAUAUGAUAUCAACAAAAACUGUAAACAGAGACCCUUGUUGAUGGUUUAAAAUCAUGGGGUAUGUCCGUUAGAGACAACUAGAUUGGUGAAUAUUUAGAGAUCAGGCAGUGUGGAUAGGUUUCGCUUGCAGCUCACACUGAGUCUGUGUUCGGUUGUGUAAUUAUGAGUGUUGCACACCAGUUAGUCGCCAAGGAAACCUUCUGAAUUCAGGGCUUGUUGGUUUGUGUCACUGAAAUACCUUCUUUUUUCUUAAAUGUAUAAAUUGUGGAGAAACGCAACCUUUUCUUGUGGUGGACGAUAGUGAAGAGAUUGUUUCUGCCUGCUGUGGACUCUCGACAGAGAAUUGUGUAAACUGCAACGAUUGUUUUUCUAAUUCAUUUUACUUUUGCCAAAUCCGCAUUAUGUUAAAUCAGUUGAUGUUUUUCUUUUUUUUUCUAGAUUGAAAUGUUUGCUAAUUUUAUACAAUUCAACAUGUCUUUAAACUGAUGAGACUUAUUUUUGUUGGUACAAUUUAAUUUAAUAUCUGCCACUUUUUAAAUAAGCCGAAUGCAACAGAUUCCCCCCCCCCCAAAGUGAAACCCUGACUUUGGAUAAGUGAGACUUUCCUUGUACAAAAACAAAUAGCUGAUUACAAUCCAGAGAAACCGAGUAAUGCUUUAACCAGAGAACAUGUGUCAUUGUUAUAUGAUAAAGGAAACAGAGACUGUUUACUUGUUUUAUAAUGAAUAAUCAUGAGCACACUUCACCUGACCUGAGAAUCCUCUCUACUGCCUCCUCACACAGAAAAUAAUAAAUGAUCUAGAGUUUGCCUCACAAAAGACUUAACUCCGAGUCACUCGCUUAAACUUCAUGUGACUAAUUUAAUGUUUUUUGUUGCUUAGAAAAGUCAUAAAAGGUCAGACAUACACAAAUUAAAGUCAAAACCUAGCAGUAAGGUGUUGGGUAGCACAAACACUUUUUCCCUUUCAGUUAGUCAUGCAGCCGUUUCUCUCGUGCUCCUGUGUAAAUGCCUUCUCUUUCCUCCACAGUCAUAGUGGGAUAUAUUCAAAUUGCAUGUUGAUCCCUGCUCUAUCUGGAAAGCUUUUGUUGUAUUUUUGCACACUUUAUAUACUGUAAAUAUCAGCACACUUAUUUUAUGUGAGGCUUCCACUGAAAAGUUAAUAAACUGGAGAAUAAGAGCA